CUCGUGCAAUGCAAGCUCGACUCAAGAAAGUGGCUGAAGAAAACUAUGAAGAAUUCACUUUUGAUGAAAGUACGGAUAGAGUGCGAUGUGCAGGGCAUAAGAUUGCUUUGACUGUUAACGGCGGACUACAGGCUCUAGGUAUUGAAGCUCCUCCACCGCCGCUUGUCAAGUCCACAAUCCUCGGCAACUUUCCACUCGACGAGCACACUUUGGCCACCAUUCCGGAAGAAGAAGAAGAUGGUGAAGAGUCUUCAAAGUCUCAACAAACCCCUUUGAAUAACCAGGACAACUCGGAUUACAAAGACGAGGAUACUGAUCUUAGCAACUUACCAGGAAAGGAAGUCAGCAAUGAAUGGUAUCAAGUCAUUGAUGGUCCAUUCGAUCCUCCACCUGCAGUCGAAGUUGAACAACCUGCAACUAAUCGCAACGAGGCAAAUGAAGUCCAUGCACUGACUCUCAAAGGUAUUCUUUAGAGUACUCUAGGCUCACUAUGGGAAGGGUAGUUAGGUUCCUUUUAUUUAAAAUAGUUGUAUUUCAAAUAUAAUUUUGUAAAUACAAUUUG